AUGACACAAGCAAUCCCCGAAAAGAGUAGGCAAUGGAGAGUUGUCGGUGAGAAUGGCUUAAAUUCUCUACAGAUCUCGGAUCAAGAGUCUCCAGAGGUUGGUGACAGCCAGGUCCUAGUCAAGUUACAAGGCGCCACCCUGAACUACCGAGAUCUCACCAUAGUUGAGGGCAGAUACCCUUGGGACGUCAAACCAGAUGUUGUUCCCGGAUCUGACGGCGCAGGCACUGUAGUAGCUGUCGGCAAGCAUGUAACUCGAUUCAAAACAGGCGAUAGAGUGCUCACGGCACUUGCUCAGAGAUACAUCGCAGGCCCGCUCACCGACGACCUUCCAAAGUCUGGACUCGGUGCUGUACUCGAUGGCACUUUCCGCACCAUUGGGGCCUUCAGCGAGCAGGGACUCGUUCCACUACCCCAGGGCUUGAGCUUCAUUGAAGGCGCAGCCCUGACCUGUGCCGGUGUUACUGCCUGGAACGCCCUUUUUGGAUUACCUGGCAAGCAAGUCUCAGCUGGGCAAUGGGUCCUCACGCAGGGCACGGGGGGCGUCAGUAUCUUCGCCAUUCAAUUCGCCAAAGCUGUUGGAGCGGUGGUCAUUGCCACCACUAGCUCAGCCGAGAAGGCGAGACUUCUAGAAAAUCUCGGCGUUGACUAUAUCAUCAACUAUCGCGAGACGAUUGAGUGGGGAAAAGAGGCCAAAAGGCUGACCGGAGGCAUUGGCGUUGAUUUGGUCGUCGAAGUUGCGGGACCAACGACUCUAAGACAGAGUCUCCUUAGUUGUAGACUCGACGGCACUAUCAUCACCACAGGAUUUGCUGGCGGUAGUCCGUCUGAGCAUGACAUGCCAACGUUUUUGGAUUCGUGGCUGAGUCUAGUUACUGUUCGAGGAGUCUGGUGCGGCAGUCGGUUGCAGCUUGAAGAGAUGUGCCGGGCCAUCGAGGCCGACUUGGACAAGCUGCGCCCUGUCAUUGAUCCCAAGGUCUUUAAUCUGGAACAGCUGAAAGAGGCGUACGAGUAUCUGCAGUCAGGAAAGCAUCAGGGCAAGGUUGGCAUUGAGAUCAACUGA